GAGAGGCUGUGAAGUGUGAAGUAAGGAUGCCAUGAUGGGAAUUGGAAACAAUAAUUUGGUGCCGUUUGUGGGAAUGGUAUUGGCGAUUCUGGCUCAAACAAGCAAUAUGGUAAUAGCAAAAACUGCCAUGUCCCAUGGCACAAACAAGUUCAUCAUGGUCGUUUACUCUAAUACCAUCUCUAGUCUUAUCCUUCUUCCUUGCUCUUUCUUUUACCACAGGUCAAACAGGCCUUCAAUGACUUCUUCCUUAUUCGGUAGAUUCUUCUUGCUCGCCUUGUUUGGGUGUUCUGGACAGAUUUUUGGGUAUGUUGGGAUAGAAUACAGCUCUCCGACGCUCGGAACCACCAUGUUUAAUCUCAUCCCGGCAUUCACUUUCAUACUUGCAGUCAUCUUCAGGAUGGAAACUCUGUAUUGGAGAAGCUCAAGUAGCCAAGCUAAAAUCUUGGGGACCAUUAUGUCAAUGAUUGGAGCAUUUGUUGUGAUAUUCUAUAAGGGCCCACCAGUCGUUAAAAGACUUCCAAUUUCCAACUUAUCUAAUCAGCUUCUUUUCUCUUCUCACUCACAUUGGAUACUUGGAGGCUUCUUUCUUGCCAGUGAUUGUUUUGUAUCCUCUUUAUGGUAUAUUGUGCAGGCAUCAACUCAGAAGAAGUACCCAGCAGUGCUGUUGGCAGUCUUAUAUCAAAUCUCACUCUCAGCAGUUAUGUCUGCAAUAUUUGCAUUAAUUGUAGUUAAAGAUGCAAGUGCUUGGAAGCUAAAACUUGACAUGGGUUUGGUUUCUAUUUUGCACACAGCAAUUGUGUCAACUGUGAUCCGCUACAGCUUGAUUACCUGGUGUGUGUCGAAAGCUGGGGCUUUUUAUUGUGCUAUGUUUAAGCCUUUGGGGAUAAUCUUCACUGUUUUUAUGGGCGCCAUCUUCUUGGGAGAGUCCUUCUACCUUGGAAGUUUGAUUGGAGCUACUAUAAUUGUGACUGGUUUUUAUGUGGUGAUGCGGGGAAAAGCCAAAGAUCAAGAGAAGGUGGACAGUUCAGAAUCAUCACUUGACCACAAUUCCCCUUUACUCUUGAACAAAGCACAAGACAAACAAGAAUUGCCAAUCUAGAAACUUCUCUGAAUUCCUUGUCUAAUAAGCCAUAUUGCAACCAUACUAUUGGAGAUAUUAGAUUAAAUGAGAUUUCUCGGUUCCUUGAUUUUAGCUUUCGUGAUUGUAUUGACUUUUGAUUAUUUCCUUUUGUAGCUUUAUUUUACUUUUCUCUAAUUGUUGUACAGUUGGCUAUAUAUAGUCUUAUAUUGCCCCUAUACGAAUAAGAAGAAUUA